AAGGAAAACGUCCCCACUUUAUUUUGGCACUUAUUCACUCCCUAUCUUCUCCAUAUUUAUGUAUUCACAACUGAAUUAUUAGAUGACCAUACUUAUCAACAUUGCAAACAUUUCAUGGCUAAGCCUUAUAGUUCUAUGUCAUGUCUAAUCAUUACAACUUUCACCUUAUUGCAAUUUAUAUUUCCUAGCCAAGAAGUGAAAAUAACACCACCUCCAUUGCCAAUUCUCCCAUUACCAAGUUACGCUCAGCUAAAAUGGCAACAAAGAGAACUCAUUAUGUUCUUUCAUUUUGGUGUCAACACGUUCACGGAUAGGGAAUGGGGCACCGGACAUGAAAAUCCUUCUAUUUUUAACCCGACCCGCCUAGAUGCCAACCAAUGGGUUGACACGGCUGUCCAAGCAGGAGUGUCACUUAUUAUACUCACUGCUAAACACCACGAUGGUUUUUGCUUAUGGCCUUCAAAAUACACUGAUUAUUCAGUCAUUAGAAGUCCUUGGAAGAAUGGACAAGGUGAUGUGGUUAAAGAGUUUGUCAAUGCGGCCAAGGCUCGUGGCGUUGACGUCGGUUUGUACCUUUCGCCAUGGGAUCGCCAUGAUAAGAGAUAUGGUAAAAAUAAGGAGUACAAUGAACACUAUUUGGCUCAACUACAAGAACUUCUCAAUAAAUAUGGAGAUGUUAAAGAGAUAUGGUUUGAUGGAGCAAAGGGUUCGAACGCACCAAACAUGACUUACUACUUUGAUGAUUGGUUCGCAAUGGUGAGGGAACUGCAGAGCACUAUCAACAUAUUUUCCGAUGCCGGCCCGGGCGUCCGAUGGGUCGGAAAUGAGGACGGAUUCGCCGGAAGCACAAGUUGGUCCACCAUCAAUCGAACAUUACUGUCUAUUGGCAAUAGCAACGCUGAUUAUCUCAACAGUGGAGAUCCAAAAGGGACAGAUUGGCUACCACCAGAAUGCGAUGUAUCCAUUCGAAAAGGAUGGUUUUGGCAUAAAUCACAAGCACCAAAGAACCUUAGCGAUUUACUCGAAAUCUAUUACAAGUCCGUUGGAAGAAAUUGCGUAUUGCUACUUAACGUGCCUCCUAAUAAACAAGGACUAAUAUCUGACAGCGAUGUGCAAAGACUCAAAGAAUUUAGAAGUGCAAUCGACACAAUAUUCUCCACCAAUUUGGCCACCAAGUGUUCGAUCAAAGCAAGUAGUCAGAGGGGUGGUAAAAAUGGAGGUUUUGGACCCGAAAACGUGCUAGACAAUGACCAUUUGUGGACAUAUUGGGCUCCAAGAGAUGAAGAUGAAGAUGACCAUUGGAUUGAGUUCAAAGCGAAGGACAAACCAUUGAGAUUUAAUGUGGUAAGAAUUCAAGAAGCAAUAGGACUAGGUCAAAGGAUCAAAAAACAUGAAAUUUAUGUAAAUGGGAUGAAAAUUGCAAAUGGAACCACAAUAGGAUACAAGAAGCUUCACAGGCUAGAAAAAGGAAUGGUGAGUGGUUAUAGUGUGAGGAUCAGGAUAAUUGAAUCAAGGGCAAUCCCUUUGAUUUCAUCAGUUGGUCUUCAUUUUGAUCCCUUUUGGAAUCCAAAUGGGCAAGUAGCCACAUGAUAUAGUGGUCCAUUUUCAUUUAGCACUUUCUGCUGAUCCCAUGUGGGCUUAUAUCUUGUGCCUAAUUCUUGUCUCAGUGUAGACUUAUAAAGUAGAAACAAGGAAGUGAUAAAUGCACAAUAAAGUGUUGAAGUUGCUAA